GAUUUACGGGAUGUUGUCCAUAUACGGUUUUUGGUUUGUCUAAAUUUCUGUUUCCUUUUUGUUUAUAUAAAAGCAAUGUGGGUAUUUCAAGUCAGGAAGAUUUGGGAUCUAGAAGUAGCAUAUAUGUGUUCUUUACCUAAUGUAUUUUAUUUCAGAUCUGGAAGGGAAGUGGAAUGAAUUAAUGGACAAAUAUUUCGUUUCGUGAUAUUGUUUUUGAUCGGAAUUUGGGUAUUAUGCGCUAACUAAUUCCCACAUAGAGUAAUAUAGGAUACCCGUUGAAGGAUUUAGGUGCCUGGUUCUCCCCUUUUAAUAGUUAGUUUCUAAAAGUGGGUUCUCUAAGUUUUUGGGUUACUUAUCAGGAUCCGAGUAUCAAACUUGUAUUCCAGUUGAAGUUGAAAUAUUAGGAAAAGCGUGCAUCAGGUUUUGUAUGGUAUCAGGUUGGAGAGUGGGGGAAUGCUUGGUUCACUGAAUUUUCAGGUUGUUUUACUUUUGGAUUUCGGGAAUGAUGCUCAUGUAUCUGGAAUAACUUGAAUUGAAUCAGGUACAGGGUGAAUUGGCUUGUUUAAAAAUUGUUACACGCCAUUGAUGACUCAGAAAGCAACAGUGACAGAUGAGCACCAGUUCUUUUCAAAACCUGUGACAUGAAAGUUGCAAUAACUGUUAGGAAGCUUGGAUGUACCUCUAAUCUUUUGAAGGAAACAAGUAUUAAUAUUUACCGUAUAAUUAUUGCGUGGAAUAUCAUUUAAUUUGGAUAUGAUGGAGUUCUGUGCUGAAAGUUCCCAUUCAAAUGGGAAACAAACUUUGAAGCAUUCUAAACCUGCAGAUGAAGUGAAAAGAUCCAGUGAAAAGGCUCACAGAAAUUCUCAUUCCAAUGGAAAGCAAAAUUUUAAGCAAACUUCGAUUUUUGUUAAUCAUGCUGCAAUUGCUUGGCAUGAGGAUAGAAGAAAAUGGGUUGGUGAUAGGUCUCAGCAUCCACCAAGAAUAGCUAAAGAUCAAAUUAUUAGCUGGUCAACGUCUUAUGAAGAGCUGCUUUCAACUAACGAACCUUUUGCAGAGCCAAUUCCCUUACCUGUGUCCGCGUGCACUGAUCAUGAUCGUAGAAGGAGACCAUCUAUGUUCUCCGCGUUAACCUCAGCAUCUAAUCCUUUUAUAUGUAGAAAUGGUUAAUGGUUAUUAUUUUGCAUCAUUUAUCUAAUGACAAAUUUCAUUAUAUAUACACACACCCACCAUAAAAAAAUAUAUUAUUUGUAUCUCAUGAUCCAUCAGCAAACAGACAAGUUCAAAUCCAUGCAUUAAAUAGAUGGUUUGAUCAA